CUGAGGGGACCGCUGCGUCGCGCGUUUUACGCUAUAGUUCAAUGGACUACAAGCCUGUAAACAAAAUCUAUGAAAUAACCUAUUAGGUCCUGUUAUAAAUGACAAAUUCGUGUUAAGUGAAUGCGCCCAAUGAACCUAAACCUUACUCAGACUAAACGGAUGAGAAAAUAUAGCUAAAAUGUGGGUGUCGGUCGACAACGGUGUAGAGGCUUCUCGAGCGGCUCCGUGUUCGCGUGGGAAGCACUCGGCGACACUUCUGGGCGGUUAUGUCUACAUUCUGGGCGGACGCGGGGCGGGCGGCUGUGUUCCUCUAAGAGACUUCUGGAGAUAUUGUCUAUCUACGGGACGUUGGGAGCGGUUGGAGGCGCGAGGCGAACCGCCGCCCGCCCUACAAGAGCACACGGCCACUGCACACGAAGGUCGCCUCUACGUGUUCGGUGGCGAGGCAGGAGCGCUCUCUAAUGAGACCCCUCUUUGGAUAUACGACACAGAGUUGAAAAUAUGGCGGAAACUGGCGGGGCAAACUAGUAACUAUUCAACGCUGCGGAGACGCAGCAGUCGCGAAGCUCGCAACGGGUCAAGCCCGCGUGGUCGUCGCGGUCACUCUGCCCACGCACUAAAGGACUGUUUGCUGAUUUACGGAGGCUAUAAGGACUUGAGAGGAUCUACGAAUGAACUGUGGGCUUUCCACUAUGAAUCAGAGUCUUGGCAGCAAGUGCGAACGUCAACCGUCGGCCCGGCGCGGCACCGGCACGCUGCAGCACUGCACGAGGCGCGACUGUACAUACACGGUGGACAAUGCGACCUCAGGGCCUGCGCCGACCUCUGGCAUUACGAUACCAUUUCCCGAGUGUGGACACAAGUGCGAACCCCUGCUAAGUUAUCGCCGCCUGCACGUAGCGGUCACACCGGUCUACGGGCGGGCGCACACCUUUACAUCUUUGGCGGAGAAACGAACGGACAUCCUACCAACGAACUUUGGAGGUUUCAUUUCGCUACAGAAACCUGGGAACGGAUCUUGCAAAGCGAAAAAUGGCCGUCCGCCCGCGUCGACAGCCGCGCCUUACUUAUUAGCGGCGCUCCGCAGCGCGCUCACUCCGCUCCUGCGGCUCCCGUUAAACCGCGGCCUGAACCGCCAGCGGGGUUCCUGAGAGAAAUUUCCAAACUAUCCUCCUUCCACAUUCGUCGAGCGGCGAGAUGCUCUUACAGCGUCCUCGGAGACCAGGAUUCUACUGAAAGUCUUAUCCGAGAAUCGACAUCUUUAUCGAAAUCGCGGUCGGCGUACGUCAUCGACGAGCGCCAACCGGCCGAUGGAGGCGAGAGCCCUAAAGAAGGAACCGUGCCCGAACGAUGCAGAAACGUGUCCCGUGAACCUAUUUCCGUCCCAGACUUUGCGGAUAUGGUUCUACCUACCCCAGUGCUAUCUCCCAUCGAAGCGACAAAACUGGUAUAUUUAGACUCAGAAGAAGAAGAGGAAAUGAAAUCAAAGAAUAGAAUAGAAAAAACCACGAUAAUUCCGAAAUCGGCGUCCGUUAAGUUUACCAAGAUCCCCGUCACAGAGAAGACAGAAGACGAGGGGGACUUGUCCACUUCGGACUAUGCGAGCGCGGAGAUAGUGAAUCGGCCUAAUCGGGCAUCCUUAGGCUUCAGUAAUCCGCAUUACCUGGGACCCGACGUACGUACCCUGGGGACGGCGAUGACGCCCGACUCCGGGACUGGAGAUAUAGAACUCCAAGAUAUGAGCGAACGGCGAUCCCGGACCGUCCCGAGAAAUGGGGAAACCCAGUUGUACAUGCUGCUAGUUGGAGGGAAGGAGCCUCCACACGUAGCUCUACUGCAGAGCCCCUUGUCCAUGUGGACAUAUAGGCUGUUGUAAUCUCGAACCAGUAAAUCUUUAAGACACAUUUCAUUAAGUUUUAUGAAUUUGUUGUUUAUCGUUUUCUUUGUGCCGUUGUUAUACUUUUGCGUUUCCAACUUUGUAUCUUUAUUACUUAACAAUUGAAGCUGUGAGCAGACUCAAUGUGUAGUUAGUGAUUAGUGACAGGAAUAUGACACGCGAGGUCCCAUAAGGGCGUCGCAACUCGCAAUAGUCCUAAGUAAUGAUACCCUCCGUACGUGUUAAAUCUUUAAGAAUGGUAGUAACGAGAGUUCGCUCAAUUAUAAUUAAUAAAUUAAUUGAUACGUAAUUUUGGUAUAAAAUUCUGCUAAAGGUAAUUUUUAGGCAUCUCCAAUGCUACUCGUAAUUGUUUAACCCUGAUCGCAGUGCAAUAUAUUUAAGUUAAUUGUUGAUAGUGCCAACUCGAUGUUGCGCCGAAUGUGCAAUACGUGGAAUUAUUCAAGUCUGUUAUUUGAUAUUCUUAAAAUAUUACAUUUUUAUGCCUAACGAACAAGUAUUCUCCAGUAUUCGUAAUUUAUGUUAUUAAAGGUAAUUCAAAGCA